GCUGCAUUCAUUAAUCCUCUCUCCAUCUUUCUUAUAUUUAUAUAUCAUUUAGUUUUUUUAAAUAUUGCAAUAUCUCAGACUCAGAUGAACUGUCAAGAAAUAAAGAAAGUUUCUGUCUGAAAUUUCUAUUCCUUCCACUCAAAUUUUUAAGGGGAGAGAGAGAGAUAACAGUACAAGAAUCGUAUUUAAUACACGUACAUGGGCCUGUCAGGGAACUGGAUUUCCAUUCCCUUCCCUCUCGUUUUUCUUCUUCUCUGAAUUUUUCCUUAAUUUCAGUUAAAUCCUCUCUCUCGCACGAACACACACAGAAACACGCACUAAAAUGAGAGAUUUUGCUUCUUGUUUCAGUGAAUAUGCAGUACAGGUCUCUGAUACCUCGUGUUCCAGUUAUUCAAGCAGCAAUUCCUGCAUUUCUCCAGGCCUGAUCCCCUCAACUCAAAACGCUGUUUCCUGCUUGUACAGAACAAUCCUCUCCUCCCAGAAGCAGAUUCUAAUCACGCUCACAUGGUGCAAGAACAGUCUCUCUCAGGGCCUCAACAUAACCUUCGACGAAGAUCCAUCCACCGCCUUCAAACUCAACACCAAUUCCAGGUUAUUCAGAAAGCUCAAAGGCAGCAAAUCGAUCGAGUUCCGCAACUUCAACAUCGAAAUCUUCUGGGACCUCUCCGGGGCCCGGUACGAAUCCGGGCCUGAGCCCUCCGACGGCUACUACGUCUUCAUCACUGUAGAUUCAGAACUCGGCCCGAUUCUUGGGGACCUGGCCCAGGAAGCCUCCCUGAAGAAGCUGAAAUCCGGGGCCCGAACGGCUAAAUUCUCGCUGAUUUCUCGCCAAGAACACUUCUCCGGCAACGCCCUUUAUUCAACCAGGGCUCAGUUCUCCGACAACGGCGGGGCUCACGACAUUCUGAUUCGCUGCGCUGGAGACAACGAAGGGGUGAAGUAUCCGGUGCUGUCGGUUUGCAUAGACAAGAAGACGGUGAUUCGUGUGAAGCGGCUGCAGUGGAACUUCAGGGGGAAUCAGACGAUUUUCCUGGACGGUUUGCUCGUUGAUCUAAUGUGGGACGUCCAUGAUUGGUUCUACAAUCCGGGCCCUGGAUACGCGGUGUUCAUGUUCAGGACAAGAAGUGGGAUGGACAGCAGGUUGUGGCUGGAAGAGAAGCUGGUCCAGAAAGAUCAAGAUAAACUUGAGUUCUCACUAAUGAUCUACGCCUGUAAGAACAUAUGAAUUAGAAAUUUUUAUUUUUUUCCCUUCUAAAUUAUUACUUCUGAUUUUUUUCAAUCUUUUUUGAAAAUAUUUUUUGGCUGUUUCAUUACUCAUGAAAAAGGAUUAGACUGAAAAACUGACAAGAUGUAAAAUUCCUUCUUUUUGUUUUUUUUUUUCUGUUCUUGAAGUUUGAUAAUUAAACUGUUGAUUUGGAGAAUGUGUUCAUCAGUUCCUGUGUUUGAAGGUUGAAAUUCCAUGAAAACAGUGAUUCAAUCUUCACUAAUUUUCCUAAUAAUUGAUUCUUGCGAUUUA